AUUACUGUAAAUGCAAUUUUCGGAAUGCAAAGUAAUUGAAUAUAUUUUUUUCUCAUUUCAUUUAACAACAAUCGUAUUGAUACAAAUAUUGCAAUCAAUGUAUGAGAAUGUAAUAACAUCUUACAGCGCUGCAAAGAUCAAAUUUUGAUUACAGGCUUGUAUUACUCUGAAGUAGACUGAGUCAACAUGUGCUUCACAGAAUACUUUUUGUUUAACCAUGAAUGAUGUUUUGCGGAGAAGAGGUUAUGAAAAUGAAAACAAACCGCAUGAGAAAUUGAAAAUUUCAUAUUCUUAUAAACAAAGGAUAUUUCACCGACUUCGAUACAGCGGCUUAUAAGGAUGGCAAACAAACCAAAACUCAAGGAAGCAUUCGAAGUAGAGACAAAAUAUGGAGCAUUCUACACUGGAGGCAAUGUAGAAUGGCACGAGGACAUUCUUUACUGCCAAACAGAUUCGAACAUAUCAUUGCUGAACACUGACAAUGGUACAGUUGAAAAGUUCAUAGGUGAACAAAGCUCUGAAGAUAUUGAUGUUGUCCAAACAUUUACCACUGAUGGAAGAUACCUAAUAACAUCUCACAGAAGCGGGUUAUUGAAGAUGUGGAAUGAGAAGGGUGAAUUAGAAAAAACAUGGAAAUAUAUACACAUAGGUCCUAUAGCAAAAUUGGCUCUCAAGGGAAUGAAACUUGCUAGUGGAGGUUCUGACAGUAUAGUGAGACUUUGGGACUUGGAGCAUCAAGCUUGUCAAUUAGGGCUUAAAGGAUGCCAGGGGGUUGUCAGUGUUGUUGAAUUCCAUCUAGAGCAGGACUUGAUACUAGCAUCGGGUGAUGAUGGUAAAAUAAAUUGCUAUGAACUACAAAGAGGAGAAGUCAUAGAAUCUUACAAUGCUCAUUACAGCAAGGUAACUGCAUUAGUAUUUUCACCUGACACUAAGCAUUUUGUAACAUGUGGUAGAGACAAAGUUAUAAUUUUAUGGGAAUUUGGUAAUACGACAGCACUAAAAACAAUCCCUACAUAUCAAGCUGUAGAGGUAAUAGUUGGUCUCCCAAAGAAAUUCAAAUUACCAGGAUUCAAAUCUGAAUCAGAUGGAAUAUAUGUAGCUUCUGCCGGUGAGAAGGGCGUUAUUAGUAUUUGGGAUGUCUGUAAAGCAAAACAGGUAUAUCUACAGACAAACUCCCUUGUAACUCCAGCAUCCGAAGAAGGAGGGUUAGCAGUAACACAUCUCAGGUUUCAUAUGAAAUCAAAAUCCUUAGCAGUGGUCACUGUAGAUCAGAAUAUUAUCAUCUACCACUUAAAAUCGUUUGCAUGUCUCAAGCAGUUUAUAGGAUUUUCAGACGAGAUCUUAGAUAUUACCUAUGUAGGAAAAGAUGAUUCAUACAUUGCUGUUGCUACAAAUUCUAAUGAUAUCAAGUUAUAUGAAAGCACUACAAUGACUUGCCAAUUACUUAAAGGCCAUACCGAUUUGGUGCUAGCUUUGAGUGCAAAUAAAUCUAACCCAGAUCUUAUGCUCAGUUCAAGUAAAGAUAAUACUGUUAGGUUAUGGCUUCUAGAAGGAUCUACAAUGAGUUGCAUAGCUGUAGGGAUGAGACAUACUGCUUCAGUGGGUACUGUUGCAUUUAGUACCUCAAUGAAGUUUGUUGUCUCAGCUAGUCAAGAUACUUGUGUAAAAGUUUGGGAGAUACCAGAACAGAAGAAAAAUGCUACUUUAGAAUGUUUGCAUACAGAAAUAGCUCAUCAAAAGGAUAUCAAUUGUGUAGCUGUAUCACCGAAUGACAAAAUCAUAGCAACAGCAUCUCAAGACAAAACUGCAAAACUGUGGACAGAGACUUUAACCUUAGUAGGUGUAUUAAGAGGUCACAAACGUGGAGUAUGGUCGGUAAGAUUCUCACCUGUUGACCAAGUUGUAAUGACUUCAUCAGCUGACUGUACCAUAAAGCUAUGGUCAGUAGCAGAUUUGAGCUGUCUCAAAACCUUCGAAGGACACGAGGCUAGUGUUUUAAAAGCAGAAUUCAUCUCAUCUGGAUUACAGAUAGUGAGUACAGGUGCUGAUGGCCUUAUCAAACUAUUUACAAUAAAGUCGUCUGAAUGUGUUGGCACAUUGGACCAACAUGAGGCUAGAGUAUGGGCAUUAGCAAUCAAGAAAGAUGAGUCUGAAAUGGUCACUGGUGGUAGUGACUCUAUUCUAAUCAAGUGGAAAGAUGUCACAGAGGAGUUGAAGCUACGUAGAUUGAAAGAAGCUGAAGAGAUGGCACUACAAGAACAGCAGCUCAGCAACUAUCUGCAAAAUGAGCAGUAUCUAAAGGCUAUGAAGUUGGCUCUAAGACUCAACAAACCAAUGCAAGUAUUAAAGAUAGUAGAGAAUAUAAUCAAGAAAGGUGAUGGAGGUCUUGCAGAGACUAUAUCUGGUUUGAGAAAUGACCAGAAGGAGAAUCUGAUGAAAACUGCUAUCAGUUGGAAUAUGAAUAGCCGGCAUUGCCACCCAGCUCAACUUGUGUUGAAUAUUCUGUUGAAUGAGUUGCAGACAGGAGAGUUUAGUCCUGCUGGUUUGGGAUCAUCAUUAGAAGGAGCAUUGCCUUACACAGAAAGGCACUUUAAGAGGUUGACUCAGAUGAUGCAAGAUUUGAAUUUUAUGACAUAUAUGAUUAAUUGUAUGACGCCUCAUGCUAAAGUUACUGAAUAAAUGUUUUUAAGAUA